AUGUCCGGUCCGGGUCGUGCGGAAGAGGCGCAUCCCUCGUUGGGAUCUGCUGCCCAUGAGGAAGAGCCUCGUAACGCUAUGGAUGUGGCUGACGACCUUCUUAAUCAUCUAACAGCAACUCAGUUGCUCUAUACGCUCCAUCGAGUCCAUCAUCUCUGCUAUCAUGCACCUGAUAAGGCAAAGGAGCUUCUCAAUGAGGACCCUAACCUAUCAUUAGCUCUCAUCCAUGCACACUAUCUUCUAGGUGUGACUACAGGAGAACGUCUCCUACCUCUUACUGCAGAUGAGGUGAGCUUAGCGAAAGACAGGUUGCAACAGAUCAGGACACAAGGUGCAGUGGCAGCCUCAGAGUCGGCAAUACAACCUAUGCCUUUCUAUGCUCAACAGAGUGCAGGCGCAGUUGGCCUUCAAACAGUGCUCCCAGCCACCACUCCAGAGGCGCCUACGGACAACAAGCUUGAUCAUCUGGCCCGGGAGAUAUCGGCCCUCACUGCUUCCAAGGUUUCGGCUGAUACCGAAAGUAUCAUGGUCGCGCUUGGUAACCUGUCGCCAGAGCAGAUAGCAUCACUGCCUGAGGAGGUGCAGGCACAGGUGCUCGAGCUCUUGCAAGGGACCGAGUGA